AUGGCGGGAGCUGUGCGACAGCCCAUAGACCUGCCCUCGUUGGAGCGGUAUAUUGACCAGAACGUACCAGUUCUCAAGACACCACUGGAUAUCAAACAGUUCGGUUUCGGUCAAUCCAACCCCACCUAUCAGCUUACCACCGCCGAUGGUAGGAAGGUUGUGCUACGGAAGAAGCCUCCAGGCAAACUGCUCUCAAAGACAGCGCACCGCGUGGAGCGAGAGUACCAGAUCAUUAAGGCGUUGGGUGGGACAGAUGUACCCGUGCCAGAGGUCUUUUGCUUGUGUGAGGAUAACAAUGUGAUUGGGACACCGUUCUACAUCAUGGAAUUUCUGGAUGGACGGCACUUUACCGACCCGUCGAUGCCUGGAGUCAGUGCGGAGGAGAGGAACGCAUUAUGGAAGAAUGCGGUGCAGACACUCGCCAAGUUCCACUCGGUAGUGCCCUCCUCUGUCGGGCUAGAAGGAUUCGGCAAGCCAACGAACUUCUUCGACCGUCAGAUUGCCACGUUCAACACCAUCUCCAAAGCACAAGCUGCGGUAGUGGACGCGGAUACCAAGGAGCCCGUGGGUGAACUCCCUUACUUUGACGAGAUGGUCCGGUUCUUCGCGGGCAAGUCGACGCAGCCGCGUGACCGUGGAACUCUGGUGCAUGGAGACUACAAGAUAGAUAACAUGAUCUUCCACCGGACGGAGCCCCGAGUAAUUGGAAUUCUGGACUGGGAGAUGGCGACGGUUGGGCACCCACUGUCAGAUUUUUGCAACUUGAGCAGUCCCUGGAUCAUGGAAGGAGCGGAUUCGCAGCUGGAGGCGUUCCAGAAUGGGCGGGUGGCAGGACUACCGACGCGCGAGGACUGCAUGCGCUGGUAUAGUGAGGUGGCCGGGUAUAAUCCGGCAGAGGAUAUUCUUUGGGGAGAUGCCUUCUUCGCGUUCCGAGGCUCCGUCAUCAUGCAGGGCAUUGCGGCCCGGUUUGCAGGGCGUCAGGCCAGUAGUGCCCGGGCGGGAGAGUAUGCUAAACGAGCUAAACCUUUUGCGUUGGGAGCGUGGGAGCGGGUAAAGCGGGUGCAAGAACUUUCACAAGAGAAAGGCAAAUUGUGA